GAUUUUAAUAGCCAUAGUAACGGAUUAUUAUUGUUACGAAAGUACUAAUACGCACAGCGAAAGUAUAAGCAGGCAUAUAGUAUGGAUAAAUCAACGCGUACUCUGUGUUACAAGAAUUGAUUCGAACUAGUCCGACCGUCUCUCCGCGUACUAUCAACUCGCCGUAAUCCGCAUCGCUACUUCAACUCGCUCCGUCGCGCCUCAUUCACUCUUUGAUACACCAUGAAUCUGCGUUCGCGCCGCACCAUCACGACCUCCCCGAAACGGGUGAUCAAGAAGCCGAAGAAGACGGUGAAAGCGGCCGCUAACGGGCGGCAUGCGGUGUUAGCCCGCGCCAUGGUCCCGCCGCCGCCGACGCCUAAAGUGGACUUCAAUGUGCUGCGACGUAAACUGGCUACGAAACUGCACAUGGACGCUCAUGUGAUCGACACAAUUCUGACGACCAUCAUGACCACGAUGCCCCGGGUGAAGUUUGAUGAUAUUAUCGGGCAAGAGGAGGCUGUCAAGGCCGUCAGGGAACGGGUCGUCUAUCCGGCGCUUAAUCCUGAGCUAUUUAAAGGCCAAAAGGUCCUGAAACCGCCGCGUGGUGUACUACUUUACGGUCCGACGGGAAACGGCAAGACCCUCCUAGCCAAAGCCUGCGCGGCCCAAUCCCAUUACAACUUUAUGAAUGUCAGCGCUUCAUCCUUAAUAUCCAAAUGGGUAGGCGACAGUGAAAAACUGGUCAAAUUACUCUUCGAAUGUGCUAAGGAAAUCCAGCCUACCAUAGUAUUUAUCGAUGAAAUCGAUGCUAUGCUAUCGCAACGCGUCGGCGCCGAGCGCGAAGACACCCGGCGGUUCAAGAAUGAGUUUCUCGUACACUUUGACGGGAUUAUGUGCUGCCAGGACGAUCGGGUGCUCAUACUGGGCGCCACGAAUAUUCCACAGUGCAUCGACAGCGCGGCACUCAGGCGGUUUGAUCUGCGCGUGUUUAUGGGUCCGCCUUCGUCCAAAGCCCGUGAACUGAUCCUGCGCACGAUCCUAAAAGAUAUUCGGAAUAAUUUCACCGAACCCGACAUUAGGAAGGUGGCUGGGUUGACCGAGGGUUAUUCGGCUAGCGAUUUGGGGAUCAUCGCCAGGAAUGCUGCAUGGCUGCCGUUGGGCACGAUUAAGCAGAGUUUAAUACCGCUGCUACAGAAAGAAGAGGUACCGGAAGUCACCGUCCACCAUUUCCUGCAGAUUGUGGAGAAGUUUGUCCCGUCGAACAGCGCCGAUGAUGUACAAGCGCUGAAAGACUGGGUUCACCAACACAAAUCCUGUACUUAAUGCACGCUGGAUUCGUUUUCGCUCUGGGAUUAUGGAUGGGUGUGGCGGCCGGGACGGAGCGAUGCUCGACGCUGGUGGUGCUUUAGUUUAUAUAUACAGAUGCUCUACUCUUGCUCUUCUUCGUACUCCCGACUUUCCUGGAUGACUUCAUGGUACUGAAAUUGUAUUAUUGCUUCUUGUGUAACGCGCUGUUGUUGGAGAGAUCAUGUUUGUCAAAUUGACUGGUUUAUGCCAAUCGUUUUUGGUUGGAUGGAUGAGUAAUCUAGUCGCACAAAUAAAUCAAAUUUUGUAAAAGAAC